CGCCUCCAGCUGGUAGCGGGCGCGGUGCGAGCGCUCGCGGACCUCGGAGAGGCUAGAGACCUCGCCCGCGCUAAGGCACACCACGCUAAGGAAACUUUCUGUGAUAUGAAACAGGAUUUGGCUCCUGUGCAUGAGGAAAGUGAAAUUGUCGAAGACAAAUUGAUUGCUUUACGCGACAAUUUGAUCGCCCUCGGCAAAAGUGAAGCGGACAUCGCGCCCGCUAAAGCGGAGCUGCCCGACAUCGACCGGGAUGUAUCCGAGGAGCACUCUAUUGUUAGGAUACUGGAGCUAUGGCAGGCCAUGUUCCGAGACACCUUCCUGCAUUACCACCGGCUGUCUACUGCGCUGGUGAGGUCGGGCGACGCCGCCACCGCACUAAAGUUGUGGCACGAAUACCUAUUAGAUAUACAGUCCUUCCUGUCCGGCUCAGUCCCGGCGGACUAUGAGAACUUGACGGAACACCGCCGGCUUUGCCGCGUGCACAGGAAUCUGUUAGCCUCGCAGAGAUCGGUCCUAAUUAACGAGAACAAAGAGACAACGAACAGGGAGCUAGCAGACAAGUUCGACACUCUGACCAACCUACAUAACGAGACGCUCGCGCGGAUCGUGGACCGUCAUGACGAAGUCUGCACCCGUAUAGCUGCCUGGGACGACUACAGAGAAAUAUACACUGAACUGCUAAGAUGGCUGAAAGAGAUCGAGCGAGAGAAGGAGAAGCUGCAGCUCAGAUACGUCCACAUAAAGAGAGUCCAUAAAAUCCUAUCGAAAAUUCAAAAUCUCAGCGACAAAUUACCCGAAGGCAAGAAGUUUCGUGACUUUUUGACUAGAAUACUUGGACUGAUCGGAGAAUACGAGAACUUGACCGGAGAAUUACAUAAACUUUACUCCAGGACGCAGGACGAAGUCAUGUCGUACUCCGACGACGAUCGCCUGUCGCGGCCGCAGAUCAAGAAAACAAUCGAGAAAUAUUCGGAAACGAGAAAGAAGAUAGAUAAGACUGAAACCCAAAUAGAGGCUCUGAGUGUAAUUCAGGAGCAACUAAAGGAGUGCCUUAGUCCCCAAGACAUACGUAUUGUAAAUCAAAAAGUAUGGCAGAUGAGACAGCAGCGGGCUCACGACCUGAAGGAGGACGCCAGCGGAGACGAGAUGGCCACCGCGGCCAAGGAGAUCGCCAAAGCUGGCGCCAAGCCUGGACAAACAUUAGAAUUGGCCAAACAUUUGUCGGAAUUACUUCUCACUGAGUGCGACGCGACGGAAGACGAAGCGAUGCUCAAGGAAGUGGAGUCCUUAUCUCUGAGAUACGAAGACCUGCUGACUCAGGCCAAGAAGAGGGAAUUGCAGAUCAACAAUUUAAGGUUGCCCCACUCCGCGUCAUACGCUCUCACGUGCGAACACGAGUCCGGUCGUCUGACGUGUCCGCUGUGCUCGGAGCGCAACUGGAAACAACUGGACAACGACCUGUGGCGACUGGAACAGUGGCUUCAGUUCGCGGAGGCCACGGACGAGGCGCGCACAGACCCGCCGCAUAACUACGACGCUCUAGAAGAUGCUAUACAGGUGAGAUACUAUAAAAUGUCUGGUUAUCUUCAGUUAUUUCAUAACUUAAAUAUUUAGUAAUUCUAGUAGUAG